CAAAGCAACUAAACCUUCCAAGUGGCAACAAAUUUUCACCGCCACACCAUACACAACCUCUAGUCACUGAUUCUCCGAUCACUUUCUUUUGCUAUUCCACAAAACGACCGUGAAUUUUUCGGUAAUUACAAAUCUGCCACCGCUCCGAUUCACAAAAUAAGCAACCACGAUCUUAUGCGAUUGAAAAUUACUAGUUUCUUAAAACUUCGAAUUUGAUGGUAACUUUUGAGGGAAUGGAACAGCAGAGAAGUUCCUCCGGUGGUGCGUCGCUGAGCCCCAGAUCGCCGUCGUCAUCGCAACCGUUUCUCUCCGUUUCUGUCACGGAUCCCGUUAAACUCGGCAAUGGCGUUCAGUCUUAUAUCUCUUACCGCGUCAUUACCAAAACAAAUUUUCAGGAAUACCAGGCACCUGAGAAGAUUGUCAUCCGGCGUUACAGUGACUUUGUUUGGUUACGUGAUCGCCUUUUUGAGAAGUACAAAGGCAUUUUCAUUCCUCCUCUUCCAGAGAAAAGUGCUGUAGAGAAAUUCCGUUUCAGUGCGGAGUUUAUUGAAAUGAGGCGACAGGCAUUGGAUGUAUUUGUAAAUAGAAUAGCGUCGCAUCAUGAACUUCAACAAAGUGAGGAUCUGAGGACGUUUUUGCAGGCAGAGGAAGAGACAAUGGAAAGGUUAAGGUCCCACGAGGCUGGCAUAUUCAAGAAGCCAUCUGAUUUAAUGCAGAUUUUUAAGGAUGUGCAAUCAAAAGUGAGUGAUGUUGUCCUUGGGAAGGAGAAGCCAGUGGAAGAAUCUGAUGCUGAAUAUGAGAAGCUAAAACAUUACAUUUUUGAACUAGAAAAUCACUUGGGUGAAGCUCAAAAGCAUGCAUAUCGUCUUGUGAAGAGGCACAGAGAGUUGGGACAAUCAUUGUCGGAUUUUGGAAAAGCCGUGAAACUUCUAGGUGCUUCUGAAGGAAAUGCACUUGGGAAAGCAUUCUCUGAACUUGGGGUAAAGUCAGAGAUUUUAUCAAUCAAGCUGCAAAAGGAGGCACAUCAGCUCUUGAUGAGUUUUGAAGAACCUUUGAAAGAUUAUGUCCGUGCUGUACAAUCUAUUAAGGCAACAAUAGCAGAGAGGGCAAAUGCCUUCAGGAGGCAAUGUGAAUUGGCUGAAACAAUGAAGCUGAAGGAGAUUAAUCUUGACAAACUCAUGUUGAUUCGCUCUGAUAAAGUGGGAGAAGCUGAGCGAGAAUUUCAUGAGUUGAAGGCAGAGAGUGAACAAGCAACAAAGACAUUUGAGACAAUUGUGAAACUGAUGAAUGAAGAAAUAGGGCGUUUUCAGGAACAGAAAACAUUAGAUAUGGGGAUAGCUUUCCACGAAUUUGCUAAAGGUCAGGCACGCCUAGCAAAUGGUAUUGCAGAUGCGUGGCGGAGUUUGCUUCCUAAACUAGAGGCAUGUUCCUCUUCGUAGUGAAACUCUUUGUAAUAGGGGCUUACCAGAGUUCCAUGCUGCUUCAAAUUAUGUUGUACAAGAUGUGAUUUUGUCACCACUUUGAUUUUGUACAAAGUCUUAAAACAAUUGAAAUGCCAUAUUUAAAUUACCUUUGAUUUUCCA